AUGACACUCCUCGGCCUGGCUCGUUCUCAAGCUCGUACCUCUGCUUCACGACUCGUUGCUUUUGCCUCCUCUGCCUCUUUCAAGGACGCUUCUACGAUUCCUAUCGCCGCUGUAAUGUCGUCGCGAUACAACUCCAGCUUGACCAAAUCCGGUGGUAUCGGCAAUGGUCCCAUGUAUGAGGGUCAAAGUGCCAUGCCUCACCUUCCCGUCCCUGCCCUCGAGCAAACUCUCCAGAAAUACCUCCGAAGCACCGUUCCUCAUCAAACCAAGGAUUCGCUCGCCAAGACCGAACAAGCCGUCCAAUCCGCUCUCUCCGGUGCCGAUGCCAAACUCGUCCAGACCCUUCAGCAGCGUUUGGAGGAUCGAGCUACCAAGGAAGGCCGCGAAAACUGGCUCAGCGAAUGGUGGAACGAUGCAGCCUAUAUGGCUUACCGUGACCCUGUUGUUCCCUACGUCAGCUACUUUUACUCGCACAAGGACGACAAAACCCGUCGUACCGGCCCCAAGCGUGCUGCUGGCUUGCUCAAGGCUUUCCUUGCUUUCCGUCGCCUUCUUGAGACUGAACAGCUUGCUCCUGAGAAGGGCAAGGCUGGUCCUUUGUGCAUGAGGUCGUACAAGUGGAUGUUCAAUUCGAACCGUAUCCCCGAAAAGCCCUCCGACACUGCUGUCAAGUACGAUUGGGAGAAGCAUAACCAUCUCGUAGUCCUCCGCAACGGUCACUUUUACCAAUUCGACCUCAUUCACAACGGUCAGGAGCUUAGCGAGGCCGAGAUUGAAUCGCAACUCCAAAAGAUCCUCUCGGACAGCGCUUCCAGCAAGCCUGCUCCUCAGCCUAUCGGUGCUUUGUCGUCCAACAACCGUGACAAGUGGACCAAUUCGCGCAAGGCUCUCGCCUCGCUUCCCGGUAAUCAGGAGGCAUUGGAGCAAAUCGACAGCUCGGUCAUCGUUGUUUGUCUCGACGAGACCGCUCCUCACAGCAUCGAGUCUACUGCUUGGCAACUCUGGUGCGGUGAUGGAAAGAACCGUUUCUACGACAAACAGCAGAUCAUCACCUUCGCCAACGGAAAGUCGGGUUUCAUGGGUGAACAUUCCAUGAUGGAUGGUACCCCCACUCUGCGUCUCAACGAUUUCGCACUGCAGGCUUUGCAAGCUGGUAAGAUCGAUCUGGGUAGCUCCAACCGUACCGAUUUGCCCGCACCCAAGCAGAUCAAGUUCAAGACGGACAAGACGGUCCAAGCUAAGAUCGAAGAAUCCAUCAAAGAUUUCGACUCGCUCAUGGGCCGCCACGACCUAUCGGUGCUUGACUUCCAAGGAUACGGCAAAGGAGCGAUCAAAAAAUUCAAAUGCUCUCCCGAUGCUUGGGUCCAAAUGGUCAUCCAACUAGCCUACUACAAGAUGUACGGUAAGCCUUGCCCCACGUACGAAUCUGCUCAAACACGAAAAUUCAAAUGGGGACGAACCGAAACCAUCCGUUCCGCCUCGAUCGAAUCCAAAGCUUUCUGCGAAGCAAUGGAAUCUCACUCCUCCUCCGACGCGGAACGAUACGAAAAGUUCCAGGCUGCUGUUAAACAGCAUCUCUCGUACGCCUCGGCUGCUGCUGAUGGUCAAGGUGUUGACCGUCAUCUCUUUGGUCUUAAGAAACUGUUGAAGGAGGGAGAGAAGGUUCCGGCGAUUUAUGAGGAUCCAGCGUACGGCUUGUCUUCGACUUGGAAGUUGUCGACUUCGCAAAUCUCGAGUGAGGUUUUCGCAUGCUGGGGAUUCGGAGAGGUGACGCCGGAGGGCUUUGGAUGUGCGUAUGCGAUCAAGGAGAAUUCGUUGACUUUUACCAUCACUUCGUUGAAGUUGGGUGCAAGUAAUCUCAGACACUAUAUCAAUGAGGCUGCGGUGGAGUUGAGGGAUUUGCAUCUGCGUCUGCAGAAUGAGGGGGCUAAGGCUAAGGCUUAA